AUGUUAUCAUUCCCUCUCACCUGUCUGUGCUCUCUCGAUCUCUCACCGAGCGUUCCUUCCAGUAUGACGAGAGAGAAGAGAGUGCAGACAGGUCAGACAGGUCAGACUGUUUCGAAAAGUUAGAGCCAACUCGGAGCUGUUGACUUCAUCUGACCUGUCUAAACUCCCAUCACCAGGAAAAGUUUCGUAUUUUGUGUUUGGCUAGAGAAAAGAGAGCGCAGACAGGUAAGACUGUUCCGAUAAUGAAAACCAACUAGGAUGUCCUACCGAUAGUGGGACACGGGUUCGUUCGGACUUGAAUCCAUCAGACCUGUCUGUGCUCUCUCGAUCUCUCACCGAACGUUCGCCUUUGCCGUUUUCCUUUCUGUAUGAAGAGAGAGAAGAGAGCGCAGACGGGUUGGACUGAGAGUCUAGCGGACUUCUUUCUAAGUCGAAGGAAAAAUUCUCAUCUUCUACUCUGUCAGAGAAAAGAGAACGCAGACAGGUCAGGCUGUUUCAACAGUGGGAGCCAACUCGGAUAUCCGCAACCGUUACUGUACCGAUAGCGGAGCAGUGGUGUGUUGCGGGAAGGAAGGCGUUGCGCAAACAGGCGCCAGGAGCUGCCUCGUGGGGGCGGCCUUGUUGGCUCAGAGGGUCCUCCGUCGCUACUGCAACGCCACAGCUUUAAGCUAA